UUUUCUUUCUUUUUCAGUCGAUUUGCUCUCUACCACUGGCGAUGUAACCCUUUCAUGGACGUCUCCCAUGUACCCUAAGCUGUACUCGAAUGACACCAACAUAAAUCCUCUAUCACAACCAAUAACCGUACAGCAAGAUGCCUGGUUGGGGUCCCUCGUCACAAUCGGUGCGAUGGUUGGACCGUUUCCCUUUAGCUUCCUUGCCGAGAAAUAUGGCAGGAAAAUAAGCCUUCUGUGCAUAGCCCUACCUCACACAAUAGCCUACUUGACUAUGGCCUUUGCCAGAAAUAUAUACUGGUUCUACUUUGGAAGAGUUUUGGGAGGUCUCGCGAUGGGUGGCGGAUACACGCUGGUGCCGAUGUACAUCGCAGAAGUGUCGAGAGACAAGAACAGAGGGGCAAUGUCGCAAACCCUCAACGUAUUCACGUCGAUUGGGAACUUUUUGCCUUACGCCAUUGGUCCAUUCUUGUCUGUUAGAUGGUUUAACCUGAUACUGGCCGCCAUCCCAACUGUUUGUUUCUUGAUAUUCGUGUUUGUUGGACCUGAGACUCCUCACUACUUG